AGACAGCAAGUCAGGAUAUUGGUUCCACAAAUAGCAGCAGCCAAAUAAGCCCUCCAGCGAUGCACAAAAUGAAUCCAGAAAAAUUAUCCAAUAAAAUGGAGUCUCCAGUAAUGUCACCUUACACCGAACGUCGUAUUCCAAGCUGCUCUGUUCCAAAAAGUUACAGUUUGUACACUAACCCAGCCUCUGAUAGAAAUAAUACAUUUCCUAUUCAAGAUGGAAUCACCUAUUUACAUCCCCGUUUGGCUCGACUAGUAGUACUACCAACUCCAGAUUUUCCUUCUGAUACCUGUAUAGCACUACAUAACCAAUAUUCACUUGAGACAAAAAAACCAAACAUUGUGAAACUUGGAGGAAAUCACUACGCAGAAUCUAAUGUAUUUCAGGAGUCAGAGCUAAGAAGGAAGUCAGAAGAAUCUGAGUUGGAGCUGAACCAUCAAAAGACUAGCUACCCUGAGGAAACUCAAGAAUACGAUCAAGGACCGGAUAAAAAAAUAGACGAAACUGGACUUCUUACCUCAUUAUUCAAUGUAAUAACUACACGAAAAGCUCAAAUCAAACACGAAGAAAGGAAAAGAAAACUACUUAGACGUCUGGUUACUGAGGUUUAUGGGGAUGGGAGCGAUCAAAUGUCAACUGCUGCACAUGAUAAAAGUGUUUCUUCUGAAAGCAGAAACCGUACAUCUUCAUCAGGAAAACAAGAUAAGAUGGACUACACAGCUGAAAAAUCCACCCCAAAGCCAUAUAAAGGAUGGUUUAAAAAACGUAUCUGCACUUCACCACCAAAACAACCUGAAACAAAUGUGAGCUCAAAAGAUACAUUUUUAACUGCAACAGUUAGAUAUGCCCGUCGUUUGUCCAAUGCAUCAAUACAAAAAUUUAAUCGCUCAUUCAAUUCACCAACACAAAACACACCUCCUCCUAAUACAUCAAUGGACUGUUUAACAGAUGAUAAACACCCACAAGGUUCAACUGCACGAUUAAGUUGUGACAAAAAAAAAAGAUUGUCAGAUAUUCAGGGGGAAAAAGAACAAGAAUCCCAUUUGCUGGACGAUAACUUGAUAAAAUCUGGAUCAUUACCUGUCGAUAAAGAAGUGCACAAAAGUAUGACAAAAUCCAAGUCUAAGAGUAAACAAACUCAAAAUUUACAAAGUAGUCACAAAUCCAGAACACAGUCACGUAAAUCUUCAGACAAUAAUAGUUAUAAACGAAGUCCUAAUUCAAGUUGCGGUCACUGUUCAUGCAGUAGUGGAAGUCGGAGUGAAAAAAGUUCACCUAUACAUGAAAUUUCACAAAAACAAAUUGGACAAAAUAAAUUUGGCUAUUUUCGUGAUGGUUUGCAAAAGUUCCGUAGUAAAUUUGCCAGCGAAAAGCAAAAAUCAUUUGAAAAGUAUGCUACACCAAGUAAUUUAACUAGUGUUAGUCGAUCAAUGAGUUCAUGGAGUGAAAGUGAAGUAAGUAUGAAAUCAGAAGAUUCACUGUCUUCAGACACUACUUCAACAGUCUCCUCACCAACAGAUGAAACUUCCUUAUCAUCAACUACAAAAUCUAGUCAAAGUGUUUGCAAUAGUCUUGAUAGUUAUACUAGCUCUGGAGAUAAUAAAUUAAACAAGCUAAAUGGUGAUUCUCCAGUAGAACCUGUUGUUCCUAAAACUUUUCGAAUGAGUCUAUCAAAUGUUCGUCAUUCAAUCACAUCACUAACUAAUGCAUUAUUUCAUCCGGAUAAAAGCAAUAAACGUAAAAUUUUACAACGACAAUCAACCAUUAAAAGUCACGAAAGCUAUACAUAUUCACCAAGAGACUAUUGGUUAGAUGCACUAAGGUGGUUUAUUGGACCAAAAAUAACGAAUAUUUCCUCGACUGAUUUAAUGCAUUUAUUAUCUAAGAAACAAAUGACAAAAGCACUUGCAAGAUACAAUAAAGAACGUCUCACUUGUGUCUUCUUAAAUGAAACCGAGAAGUCAUGGGACUAUUACCAACUUUUCCGUUCUGCUGGAUGUCAGUUAAUCCCUUAUGAUUUGGAUGUCUCUGUAACCAUAUGCAGUGUAAAUAAACCAGUCAGUGUUCGUCAACAGUUCAUGAAACUCAAUCAAACAGAUAGACUUCGAAACAAUAGUGCUUUGUCUGAAAACGGGUACGUUCUGAAACCUGCUUUGCUGAGAAUACCAACUAUUAAUCGCUAUCAUCGUCAACUUAUUUCUAGAAAUAAAUACCAAAAACUUUUUCAAAAGUCUGAAUUCAAUGCAUCAGAUAAGAAAAAUCAAAUCCAAAAUUAUUUAAGGUGUGCUUGCUGUUAUGAUCCACUAGACAUUAGUUCAGAACGUGAACUGAUUAAUAAAAUCCCUGAUGGUGUAACAUGUUUAGACUGGCCAUUUAGUUCAACUACCGAAAAAUAUUCCUAUCUACCAUGGAACUACACAAUACAAUUAAUAAACUUCACAAAAAUUCAUAAAUUCAUAGGAACAAAUCUUUCACUGUUAAGUGGUCAAGAUAAUCCAGAUGUUCAUACCAAUCAACAACAUAUUCAAACACCAUUCAAAUUACCUAAACGCUAUCGGAAAGCAGCUAAUGCAACAGCAACACACCAAAGACACGCAAGUGCAGGUCCAGCACCUUUACCAGGAACUGGUACCAACUCUGUACACAAUCAGACAACAUUUGUAAAAAGUAAAUCUUGCUUUCCAACUUCAAUCAAACACCAAAGUCACGAAAAUAUUCAUUCAAAGAAUCUGGAUAAUGAUUUCCAAAGACAACACCAGUGGAGUUCACUAAAAAGAGAAACUGUUGAAAAUAUAACAGUUGACACCGAAAUAACAGCUCCACUGUUCAAGUUUUCACACCUUUCUACGAAUGCCUCAAGUCGAUUUUGUAAAGUUCCUGGGGAAAAUGAUGCAGUAAGCUAUCGUCUUUAUCCAAACAAUCCUACUCUGCUGACAAACUGUAAGACCAUGAAUAACCAGCAUACUUUAGGAAAUUCCAAAACUUUAUCAACAUCUUCUUAUGCACUCCUAUCCCCAAUGAAUGAUGGAGGCAGAAUGAACAUGUGCUCAAGUUUUAGUUCAAUGCCAAGAAGUAACUCAGAACUUAUGGUAGAAUCGUUGUCUACACGUAACGUUACGUUCUCCCGUAUCCAUCUUCCAGAAUCAAUUGCUAUUCGACUGAAUACCAAAAUCUGCAAAAAAGAGCACGAUGCUGAAAGUAAAUGCAUCAAAAUUACUGAUAACAAAGAGAAAGUUAUUGCUUCGUGUAUGAUAAACACGAAUAGUCCGUUAAAUAAAACACUUACAGGUUUCCAACACUUCCAACUUAAGCCUAUUGAUCAUCCUGAUAGAAUACUUCCACUAGAGACGAAGUGUGAUACUACAGGAUUCAACCAUCUGGUAUUCCACCAACGUCUGAAGGCUACUUUUGGUAUACUAGUAUUUUGUAAGGUAAGUAUGAAUACCUAUGUACCAAAAUCCCUGGGUGAUUUAAUUGAAACACUAAGUAAAGAAUACGACAGUCGAUCAAGAGGCAGAUAUUGUAGACAACAGACAGAAAAUCAACAGCAUAAUGCCAAUCGUUCGAAAAGUUAUGUACAAUUAAAACGACAAGAAAGCUUUCGAGAGAAACAUACUAUCAAACAACCAGUAGUGCGUUCGAAUUCCUUCACUUAUAAAGAGUAUCAUAAAAAAUUUAAAAAGAAUGUUGUUUAG